GUCAGUUUGAAAAUUGUGUUUUCAUGCAAUAGUUUGUAACUUAUUUACAUUGUUUCAGGUAUCUCUUACACAAGCGAGAAUUGACAUGAGCGAGCUUGAUGAAGAUUCUGAUGGAUUCCUUCAGCCUCAUGAGAUGGAAGCCUAUAUAAGAGGUCUCAUACCAAACCUCGCACAACUGAGGGAUAUGCCUGCAGCCUUUGUCCAAAUGUACUGCCGAAUAGCUGCGCAGAAGUUCUUUUUCUUCUGUGAUCCUCACAGGCGAGGGAAAGCAUGUAUAAAGAAAAUACUGCUCAGUAACUGCCUUCAGGAACUUAUGGAACUGCACCAGGUAUCACACUUGAAUUUAGAUAUCUAA